AUGAGUCAAGGCGAUAUCAAACAAGCGUCCUCCAAAACAAAUACAGCCGCUCAUCGUAAAAUAUGGACACAGUCAGCAUUUUCAACAUCAUUACGUGAUCGUCCUGUGGUAUUCAAUUCUCAGCAUAUUGAUGAUCUCGGUAGAAAAUAUUCAAUGAAUACAAAUGAACGAAGACGCUUACGAAUUGACGAAGGCAGUUUACUUAUGACGAGUGAUCCAGACAGCAUAUUUUAUCGACACUUACGUGAAGAAUUACAAAAUACAAGUUCUACUGCAACUCGUCUAGUAGAUGAAAAAGAGAAAUUGAAGUUAUUUGAACAGUAUGGUCCAGAACUUGUUGAAUUUAUCAAAGACAGAGGAAAUCUAAAAUCAAAGGUUGACAAAGUUUUUAUCAUUUAG